AUGUCUACUACGAUUACCGCCUCCAACAUCCCACUUAGUGUGGAAGAUGCCAAAUUGCAGGAGUUUUUCUCCUUCUGCGGAAAACUUCGCUCCAUCACUCCACUGGCUACAGACGAGAACUCCAAGACCCGUUCCGUCAAGGUUGCGUUCGAGUCCUCCUCGGCUCUCAGCACUGCUUUGCUGCUGAACGGAGCUGAGCUUGGUGGCAAUGCCAUCAAGGUUGAAUCUGAGGAACCGGCCAAGUCUUCUGAGGCCCAUCUGGAGCAGUUUGCCCCUCCUCCACGUGCUCCUCCACCAGGAUACUCUGAGGCUGACCCCAAACAUGAGGACGGUAGCGAUGUUCCUCAAGAACUCAAGCCAAAGGCCGCCAUUUUGGCCCAAUACCUCUCUUCUGGUUACGUUGUCAGUGACAAUAUCGUCAACAAGGCUGUUGAGUUUGACCAGAAGCACGGACUCACCACUGGUUUCAAGAACUUUCUGUCAGGUCUGGAUGGAAAAUACCACAUUCAAGAAAAAAACUCUCAGUUGUAUGCCGAUGCGGACUCCAAGCUCAAAUUGGAUGACAAAUUGAGUAAGGGGAAGACCGCCUUGGAAACUUAUGUCGACAAGUUUAAGAACGACAAGUACGGAUCUAGGGUGCAUGACUUCUAUCAAGGCAUUGUUACAGAUACGAAGCAGGUUCACGAGGAGGCGAAAAGACUUGCUGAUCUUAAGAAGGAGAGUCCUUCUGCUUCAGCCUCGGCUUCAGCUUCAGUUGAGCCUGAAACUGUUCCAGAAAAGAACUGA